CUGUUUGUUGAUGUUUUUCUGCUACUUGCUGGUUCGUAGUCUGUUACAUACGCACUGUGUAACUUGCCAAAGUCGCUAUCGACCCCACCUAGCUCAACACCUUAGGCCUUAAGAACUAUCUAUGGAUCCACGUCGAGCCCGCGAUCCGCGCUUGGCACGCGUAGACCCGCGUUUGCAGCGAGUGCCAUCUGCGUUGCCCACUCCUUCUCCCCAACAACAAAGUGGGUCUGUACAAGGCGCUACACAAUGGUCUGCGAAUGGCGCAUAUACGGCUUCACUGUUCAUGGUUCCCACUGUUCCUGUGCAACAGGCUGAUAUAGCUUCCGAGAAUGCAAUUGCUGGUCCAUCGACUCCUGUAAACGACACGGGAUCCUCUGCAUAUAAACCUCGGCCACUCUUUUGCGUUGUGUGCGCGAGUAACCAAAACCGUUCCAUGGAAGGUCAUCACGUUUUGCACAAAGCCGGGUACCGAGUGAUUUCUUACGGCACGGGCUCUGCCGUGCGCCUACCUGGAGCAUCGAUAGACAAGCCUAACAUUUAUUCGUUUGGUACGCCAUAUAAUUCAAUCUACGAGGAACUCAAUGCGAAAGAUGCAAAAUUGUACACCGCAAAUGGACUUCUCCAGAUGCUUGACCGUAAUCGGCGGAUAAAGCUGGCUCCGGAACGGUGGCAGGACAGCAGGACAGUUGCAGAUGUGGUUAUUACUUGUGAAGAACGUUGUUUUGAUGCUGUUUGUGACGACCUGCUUAGUCGCGGUGGAGAAUUCAAUAAGCCCGUUCAUAUCAUUAAUAUCGAGAUUAAAGACAACCAUGAAGAAGCACUCAUUGCUGGAAAGGCGAUGCUGGAUCUGGCCGCCGCUAUCGAAACCUCCCAAGAUAUCGAUGAAGAUAUCGAUAGGAUACUUCAGAUGCAACAGGAGCGCCAUCCCCAUAGUCUUCUACACGCUGUCGCUUUUUACUAGUAAAGAUGAGAUCCCCAUGGGCCCAGACUGCCAUGUAUAUGUUGGUCGUGUGUGCGCAUUAGGACUGUAAUCUCAAGGUCAUCACAUGAUCAUCAGCCUCUAUCUACACCAUUUUUUGAAAUCAUUUCAUCAUCUCAGCUA